AACUACAACACACACACACUCGGGUUUUCACUGUGUCCUCUGUGUUCUUAGGACAAGGCUGGCACACUGCUCUCUGUGAGCACAUUUCUUUUCACCCCGUCUCUCGGGAGCCUGAGAAAAAGACCUGAAGACGCUGCUUAAAUCAGUUGAGGCUUUAGCAGCCAUCGACUGUUUUGGUUUUUGGUGGAAGAAUAGAGUGAAAAGAGUAAGACAGUCCUCAAGUUCCAAAGCUGCAUUUCUUCCGAGAUGGAACCUGUAAAAUUUUGGGUGGUAAAGCUCCUGCUUGUGCUGCUGUGCUCAACCCAGGUUCCGUUCUCUGCUGUAGUAAGUGCCCAAGACUUGAAUGAAUUGGAGGAAAGCCUCCACGUUAGAAAUGCUGAGGAGGUUCUGGCUGAAGAAGCUGAAACAGCCGAGGGUGGUGAUGGCACUGAGGAAGAUGAUGAACAUUUAGAAGAGGAAAAAGAUGAUGAAGACUCAGAUGAUGAUGAGAUAGAGACUGAUGAACAGGUGGAAGAAGAAAAAGAUGAAAAAGAACAGGAGGAUGAGGAGGAGACAGCAGAAGAGGAGGCUGAGGAGGAAGAUGACAAGACUGAUAAGGAAGAGGAAGAUGAUUCUAAGGAGAAGGGGGAUGUUGAGGAAGAGGAAGAAGAAGGUGAGGCUUCUGAUGAGGAAGAUGAGGAUGAUGCAGAAGAGGAAGAAUCAGAAGAAGAAUAUGCAGCAGAGGAGGAUGAAGAGGAGGAGGUGGAUGAAGAUACAGAUGAGAAUGGCGAGGAGGAGGUGGAUGAAGAUGCAGAUGAGAAUGGCGAGGAGGAGGUGGAUGAAGAUGCAGAUGGCGAAGAGGAGGAGGUUCACGAGGAAGUCCCAGCUGGUAAUGAGGAAGAUGACGAGAAGGAAGCAAGAGAAGAGGAUGACGAUAAAGCAACUCAAGGAGAUGAGGAAGAGGAGGGUGACAGUGCUGAAGAGGAUACACAUGAGGAUGACUCUGAAGAUGAAGAUGAUGAGGCUGAAGGUAAAGACACAAAGGACAACCAAGGUGACUCAGAUGAAGAGGAGGGAGCUGCUGACACUCCACAGUUCCACUCUGGCUCUUUGUGUAGUGUUUGCUCCAUUUGUGAGCAUUGCUCUAAUGACUGUGCCAAGUGCCCGUGUGAGGAAGGAGAUGAGUCUGAUCACUGCGAGCACUGCCAAGGUUGCUCAACCUGCUACAUUUGUCCCAUUCUUUGUGACACAGUUUGCACACCUGGUGGUCUUUUUGAUGAGCUAACUGGAUCCCUCUUUCAGACUGUUGCCUCUCUGCUCUGAGCUCCCUGGGAAUUAUGCCCGUUUGCUUAUGUGGGAAACUGCUCCCCUGACUUCCCCACAUCAAACAUGACCUUGUCAUGAAUCGAGCAAACAAAAGCCAAGAUAUAUUUAUGUUUUAAAUCAUACUUAAAGCUCUCUUGUAAGAAGAAAAGAAAAAAAUCAGUGUGCACAGGUUUUGCACAUAUGGUUUCUUCUUUCUUCUUUUUCUCUUCUUUUGUCUUUUUAUUGUUAUAAAAAAUAUAUAAAGCUUGACAAACUUGACAUGGCAUCAAUCAUGCAGACAAGAAAAUAUGUAUGAAAUAUAUAUAAAUGGCAAAAGCAGAAGUGUUUAUAGGAAUAUGUAUGACUGCAGCAGAGGCCAAAAGGAACAUGAACAUUAUGAAAAUUU